GACAGUGGCAGGCAAGGCAGGAAGGAAGGGAGGAAGGAAAGGGAAGGCUGUGUGUCUGCGGAGGAGCCAGGCGUUCUUCUUCCUAUAAACUCCCCCUUGUGCGCUUCUGGUCUGUUUGUUGCUCUCUUCACUAUGUGCGUUACGCCCCAUGGUCUCCGCACCUCUUGUUGUUCUCCAUGCUGGAUCGCUCCCUCCCUCCCCCCUUCUCUGUAAACCCUACCACGAUGCGGCUGACUCACUGUAGGAAUCGUUAGAAUCGCUCAGACGCUGAGGUUUAUUUCCCACUCGCCACGCGAACCGGUGCGGUUGCGAGAGAAUUGUGUUGCUGAGUGCUCAUCGGGAGGUAGUGCAUCGACGUUCCCAUUGGAUUGCGGGAGUGGAUGUGAGAGUGGUUGGAUGGAAUGACAGGACAAGUGGUGCUUGGCGCUGCGGUUGGAGAGGAUUGGCAGUUUUAGCUCUGCUUUUUCUAGUUCUCUGUGGUUGCAACCUGGUUGGAGCGUUGCCUGGACUGCCUGAAAGACACUGUGAUUUGAAAGCACCGGGUCAUUUGCGAAUGGUGGAGGUUUGAUUCAAGGCGGUUCAUUGAUCUUGGUGUAUUAGCCGUAGGAGAUGGGUUAUUCGGCGUUAGGGUGUGAGGUUGUUCGUUUUUAAAGUUUUCUAUUGUUGUAAAAGAGGGUUGAGCGUAGCCUUGGAAACAUGAAGAAACGAGAGAGAGGGGACGAUGAAAAUGGUCUUCCGCAAGGGAAACGAACCGCGGGACCUCAGGUAGGCGAGGCUUCUGAAGCCGUCACAAACAAUAAUCUGGCGGCUAAUGGACAGCGACUCACAACUGAUGAUGCGCUUGCGUACUUGAAAGCCGUGAAGGAGAAAUUCAAGGAUGACAAGGCUAAGUAUGACGAGUUUUUGGAGGUAAUGAAAGACUUCAAAGUGCAAAAGGUAGAUACUGCAGGCGUGAUCAGCCGCGUGAAGCAGCUGUUCAAGGGGCAUCCGCAACUAAUUCUCGGUUUCAACACUUUUCUUCCCAAAGGAUAUGAGAUCACGCUGCCGGAGGAGGAGAAACCUGCGGUGGAGUUUGAUCAGGCGAUCAAUUAUGUGAACAAGAUUAAAGCUCGGUUUGCAGCGAAUGAGAGUGUUUAUAAGCAGUUUUUGGAAAUUCUAAACUAUUACCGGAAAGGUAACAAGUCCAUUAAUGAGGUGUAUCAAGAGGUGGCUAGACUUUUCGCCAACCAUCCUGAUCUGCUGGAAGAGUUUACAUACUUCCUGCCUGGGACGAGUGGUCCGUCGAUGGCAAACGGUCAUUCCAAUGUUAAACCCAUGCAGCAUAAUGCCCGCCAACGAGAUGAGAAAGGGUUUGCAUCAAGCGCAAAACCAUCGAAUGACAGGCUCGUAAUCUUGAAGAAGGAAAAGUCUUCCAGUGUGCCUGGCGAGCGAAGUCGAGAACGCGAACCUGAACGUCGUCCUGAAAGACCUCGGAAAGUAGGGGACAAAGCAGAACGGAAGGAAACAUGGGACCGGAAGGAUAGGGUCGAUAGGGAGGAAGGAAGUCGGGACAAGGAGAAGGAAUUCGUGGAACAGAAGCCCGCGAAGAGAGCGUCUGCUCGUACAGCAAGUGAUGCCAUCAGGAGGCAGUCUCAGGCCGGCGAGGUAGGUGAGGGCUUUUCUGGGCCUGUCCCCCAAGCUUCGACGGAUGACAAGAAAUCGGUCAAGGGCGUGAUCGGCGUGCAGUACCCAUUUUUCGACAAGGUGAAGGCCCGAUUGCGUAGUCGGGACACAUACCAGGAAUUUCUAAAAUGCCUGAACAUCUUCAGUCAGGAAAUCAUCAGCCGCGACGAGCUGCAGAGCCUGGUGGGCGACAUUCUGGGGAAGCAUGCGGAUCUGAUGGAGGGAUUCACUGAGUUCCUGACGCAUUGCGAGAAUGUAGAGGGUUACCUGGCAGGAGUGUUCAGCGGGCGCAAGCUGGGAGAAAUUGCGGAGGGGGCACCUGUGAAGGACGUGAAGACGGAGAGGGAUGGCGAUCGGGAGAGGAACCGGGAGAAGGAGAAGGAGCGGGAGAGGCAGCGGGACACCAAGGAGAGGGAUCGAGAUGUGAAGCCAUCGCAGGCAGCGAAGGAGGGGGGUCACAAGGUGGUGUCAAACAAGGAUAAAUACAUCAACAAGCCGAUCUCGGAGCUGGACCUGUCGAACUGCGAUCGGUGCACUCCGAGCUACCGGCUGCUGCCGAAGCAUUAUCCUCGGCCGGUGUCGAACCAUCGCACGGCACUGGGGAACUCGGUGCUGAACGAUAGCUGGGUGUCGGUGACGUCGGGGAGCGAGGACUACUCGUUCAAACACAUGCGGAAGAACCAGUAUGAGGAGAGCUUGUUCCGGUGCGAGGACGAUCGGUUCGAAUUGGACAUGCUGUUGGAGGGGACCGCAGUAACGGCGAAGCUGGUGGGAGACUACAUUACGAAGCAAGAGGAGCAAAACGGGAAAGCGGAGGCAUUGCCUCCGGUGGACGAGUUUUUGUCAGCGAUUAAUUUGAGGUGCAUCGAGCGGAUAUACGGGGACCAUGGGCUGGACAUGCUGGAAGCUGUUCGGAAGAACACGAGCCGAGCGAUGCCCGUGAUACACUCGCGUCUGGUGCAGAAGGAGGAGGAGUGGACUCGAUGCCGGGAAGAGAUGAACAAGGUGUGGUCGGAGGUGUACGCGAAGAACUGCUACAAGGCCCUGGAUCACCGAAGCUUCUACUUCAGGUCACAGGACAAGAAGGCCCUGAGCACGAAGGGGCUGCUGGCAGAGAUAAAGGAGGUGAGCGAGAAGAGGAGGAGGGAAGACGACACGAUGCUGGCAAUGAUAGCCGGCAAUCGGAAACCUUUGCUGCCGGAUCUGCGUUACGAGUUCAGCGACCCGUCGAUCCACGACGACAUGUACCAAAUCAUUAAGUACUCGUCGGAGGAGAUUAGUAGCUUGCCGGACCACACUGAGAAGACGAUGCGGAUGUGGAAGAUGUUCGUGGAGCCAGUACUGGGCGUAUCGUCGCGUUCGCAGCGGGUGGAGGACGUGGAGGAGGGGGUGAAGGAGAAGGCCUUGGAGAGCGAAGGCGGGGACGGGAUUGGUGGAGAGAGUGCUGGCAGCGAAGGGAAUGGGAGGAGCAGCCCCGAGGAUGGAGGCAUGAGUUCGGAGAGGGAAGGCACCACGAGCAGAGGUGCGGAGGUGGUGGGCGUGGAGGGGUCCGAGGGUCGGGUGAUGGCAGGCACAACGAACGGAGCAGCGAGUGGUGGGGAGCGAAAUGUGGGAGGUAAUUCUGUUGUGGAGAAUGCACGAGUAGAAGCGGACGAUCGUGGCAGUGACGGGGCAAGAGAAGGUGUGGCAGUGGAAGGUGGGGAGGGCACGGCUGCUCGGACGGAAGGGUCGGGGUGGUUACACGGUGGAGGCAACGGGGCUAAGCAGAGCGGCGGGGCAGCGGGGCGAGGCGAAGUGGGAGUGCGGGCAAAUGCUGGGCUUGGCGAGAAUAGGGGUAGCAGAUCGGUGGCGGACGGCGGCGGUUUGUUGAUGGACAGCAAUGGCAGCGGGGGUGGUGAGGCAGUAGAUAGAGAGGAAGGAGAGCUAUCGCCUUGUUCGGAGCAGGAAGAGCGAAAGAAGCCAAAGUACAGUCCACGGCGGGGAGGGGAAGAGAACGGUGCUGUGAAGUUAUUCGGUGGUGAGGAGGAUGCAGAGGGCGUGGGUCUGAGGGAGAUGGAGCAUGAGCAAGAUGCAGAUGACGAAGGGGAAGAAAGCGCCCAGAAGUCGAGCUCGGGCAGUGACACUCCGUCGGAAGUUGGGGAGGAGGUUUCGGCUAGUGAGCAGUCUGGGGAUGAACACUCGGAGCAUGAGGAGGAGGAAGAGGAGGAGGAACAGGAAGGGAAGGCUGAGAGCGAAGGGGAGGCGGAGGGUAUGACAGAUGUGGACGAUGGAGACGGGGAUGGGAACUCGUCACUGGCAGAUUCGGAACACUCGUACGUACACUGCAAGCCGUUGGCAGCGUACCCUGGGUUCGGUGCAGGCUUGGCGGGGGUGUCGCAAUUGAAGAAAGACGGAAGGAUAUUUUACGGGAAUGACACGUUUUACGUCCUGUUCAGGCUUUACCAAACCCUGUACGAGCGGCUGCUGUCGGCAAAGGUAAAUGCAGAGCUGGCAUCCAAGAAGAAGAGCGGCGAUGGUGGCGACCCUCCGAACUUGUAUUCCCGUUUCAUGCAGGUGCUGUACGGGUUGCUGGACGGUUCAGUGGACAAUUCGAAGUUUGAGGAUGAGUGCAGGGCAAUCAUUGGCACGCAAUCGUACAUACUGUUUACGCUGGACAAGCUGAUCUUCAAGCUGGUGAAACAACUGCAAGCUGCAGCGACGGACGACGUAAUGCAUAAGCUUCUGGCUCUGAAUGCGUAUGAGAACGGGCGGGAAGCUGUGGAUGCGGUGUACUACGCAGAUGCUUGCGUGGUGCUGCACGACGAGAGCAUAUACCGUUUUGAGCAAAGGUCGAACCCGAGCGAGUUGCUGAUACAGCUGAUGGAGCAUUUGGAGGUGCCCGGGAACAGUUUGGAAAGCUCAUUCCAAAAGUACUUGGAUCGGUUUUUGACGUCUGUACCAUCAAGCAAGCGCGGGCAGGUAUUCUGUGCACGGAAUUUGAAGCGGAUGCGCGUUGAAGAGGAUGCGGAUUACGGGGAAGAUGUGAACAUACUGAACGGACUGGAGAUAAAGAUGUCAUGUCGGACGUCAAAAGUGUCGUACGUGCUGGACACGGAAGACGUAUUUUGGAGGUCUGUGCCCGGGGGCAAGAGACGGAAGGCGACGGUGGAGUCGAAGAGGAGGGGUCAAUUUCACAAGUGGAUGCAAGAAACGGAGGUGCAUAAAUGAUCACGAUCCGAGCUUGGUGCACAGUGUGAACUUAGUGCGUAGUGCUUACGAUUUAGUUUAUUUGGGGAUCAUUGUUUCUCAUUCUAGGCACGUUGUUGGACCUCUUCUUCAAGCUGUCAUUUGAUCAGUUGCAGUUUGAUUCAUCAUCUUCUGCAGCAGAGUUUUGCGGGAGUCGGUUCAAGUGUCUUGCUCUACUGUAAAUUAUUUUUCUUUUCUUUCCACAAUUUCUUUUUCUUUGUUCUCUAGA